AUGGGAUCAUAAUUUCUUAAGCUGACCUUCAGUUCAGUCGUAAACAAAGUCUUUGGAACAAUGAGUGAGGUGUUGGACACUGUAGAUUCAGGUGAUUCUGUCACUGAUGAAGAGCUAUCGGAUCCUUUUUGUGAUCCCAAUGAUCCUCAAGUCGUACCCUUUCAGGAAGUUAGUGCUGCUGCCUACAAGAUAAAGAGUGCAACAACUGGCAUAAAUAUCUACUUUAAAAGGGAAUUUCUGCAAUAUACUGGAAGUUUUAAGGAAAGAGGAGCAAGAUACACGUUGCAAAUGCUUUCGGAGGAAAAGAAAAAAUUAGGAGUUAUAGCCGCAUCUGCCGGAAAUCAUGCUCAAGCUUUGGCAUAUCAUGGCGUAGAUUUAGGAAUACCAGUGACAGUAGUAAUGCCCAUCAUAGCCCCAAUUAUGAAAGUUACCAAUUGUAAAAGCUACGGAGCUAAUGUUAUAGUUCAUGGUGCUGAUUUGGGUGAGGCGAAAACUCAUGCUCUCAAACUUGCAAAAAUCAAAGGAUAUACAUACAUCAAUGGCUACGAUCAUCCACAUAUUAUCGCUGGCCAAGGAACUUGUGGGCUAGAAAUUUUGGAGCAGGUAUCCGAUGUUGACGCCGUUGUUGUUCCUGUAGGUGGAGCUGGUUUAAUAGCAGGUAUAGCUCUUGCCAUAAAGUCUCUUAAUCCCAGUGUUACGGUUAUUGGUGUUGAAUCGGAAAGAUGUGCGAGUUUUAAAGCUGCCUUAGAGGCGGGAAAACCUGUUUAUACAAAGGUUUCCUCUACGAUUGCUGAUGGUCUGGCUGUUCCCGUUGUAGGAGUAAAUGCAUUCGCAACUGCAUCAAAAUAUGUAGAUAAAACUAUUGUUGUUUCCGAAGAGUUUAUAGCCUUAGCUAUUCUACGACUAGUUGAACAAGAAAAAGCUGUUGUAGAAGGUGCGGGAGCUACCGGUCUGGCAGCUAUUUUGGAAGGCAAAUUGGACGAAUUGAAAGGAAAAAGAGUUGUUAUACCGUUAUGCGGGGGAAAUAUUGAUACAACAGUCCUUGGCAGAUGUUUGGAAAGGGGUUUAGCUGCUGACGGACGGUUAAUAACAUUCUCCGUCCAAGUGAGUGACAGAGCAGGUGGUAUAGCUGAAUUAACCCGAUUGAUAGCAAGUAUUGGAGUUAGCAUAAAGGAUAUAUUUCACGAGAGAGCGUGGCUGAAGAAUGACAUUUAUAGUGUCAUUAAUAAAUGUGUUGUGGAAACAAGGGAUGAAGAUCAUGCGAAACAGCUUGAGGAAUUAUUGAAAACUCAUUAUAGUCACAUUAAAUUUGGCCCCAUACAGUUAUAG